AUGGCAGAGUAUCUCGACUCUAACUGUCCAAAAAUUCACGUGGAAACUUUUAACGAUGAACAUAUUGUGAGUCUCAAUGUCAAGAUUAUAGGAGAACCAACUUUGGUUCCUCCAGCAGAGGAGACACCAAACGGUAUAUACUUCUUGGCUAAUAUUGACAGGGGAGCUGACAUGAUUCAAACUUUUAAUUGUUUCAGCAAAACAUUUGAUGGGCUGUAUUUAGAUGCAGCUCAAGCGUUGAAACUUGGCUUAGCGAAAGUUCUUGUUCACUACUAUCCUAUUGCUGGAAGUCUUAUAUUGAAUGAGAAAAAUAAGUUUGCAAUCAAUUGCACGGGAGAAGGUGCUCUCUUUAUCGAGGCUGAGGCUGACUGUUCGUUGGAAGAGAUUGGUGAUCUGACACAACCCAAUCCCGCUACUUUUAAAAAACUUGUUUAUGGCAAUCCUGGUCCAGUAAAUGUACAUGAAGAUCCUCCUCUGCUUGUGGCUCAGGUGACUAAAUUUAAGUGCGGAGGAUUUACUCUUGGACUAAGCCAGAAUCACACAGUAUUUGAUGGAGUUGGUGCAAUGGAGUUUGUCAUUUCAUGGGGUCAAAUUACGAGGGGAUUGCAUUAA